AUGUCCUUCUUGCUCCCCUUCCGCUCCAAACCCACCAUGACCCCCCUCAACCCAGCCCCCCAGCCAACCCCGACCCCAACCCCAGACCCAGACAAAGAAUACGAACACAUCCUCGCCCAGCUUUCCGCCCCAGACUGGUCCGACUCCCCCCACGCCCUAGCCUGGUUCCACGACCUGCGCACCUCCGUCCUCGACAUCCUAAACCGCCUCCUAACCAUCUGCCAAGCAGCAAUCAUAAAAUACGAAGCUAGCAACACAGCCGACAACCUGCACUACAACAACCGGUACAACCGGCUGACUACCUCCGUGGCGUUUCUGCGGGGCUGGUUGGACAAGGAGUUUCUGCCGGAGAUGCGCAUGACGAAGUGGUUCCUUAGGGCUGUUGAUGAUGUGUUUAUGGUUAGGGCUACGGAGAUGCAGUAUGAUAUUGAGUAUUGGAUGGGGGGGUUGAGGGGGAAGGCGGAGGGGGUUGUUGGGGAGGGGCAUGCGCUUGCGGGGUUGGUGCAGGAUGCGGUUAUUAAGUUGGGGGAGAUGAGGGAGGGGGUUAAUACAGCGCCUGGGGCGAGGGUUGGGGAGAAGUUGAGGGAUGAGGAGAUGUUUUUGGAUUUGCCGUUGACGGAGGAGGAUGUUGAGGCUCGGGAGGGUCUGAAGGAGGAGGAUGUGGAGAUUAAGGAUGAGGAGAUGGAGAGUGAGACUGAGACUGUUACUGAGGGUGAAGCUGUGACUGAGGCUGGGUAG